AUGCCGAGACCGUAUGAUCCGGAUCUUUUAAACGCUAUCUUGAACUCUCUCCCAGCUGGGACAAAAAUUUCGAAGAUAUAUUACCUGCCUAGUAUUUCUUCCGGAGAUAACUACGAUCAGAUCCCCGUACUGCUGCCCAAAUGGAAGGCCAACGAAAUUCUUAGGUGGAUUGAGAGCGAGGCGAACAAACUGACUACUAAGGCUGAUGCCAGAUUUGGAAAACCUCUGGUGCGCGAGACCAAACGAACCCGGCCGACCUUCAUCGACCCAACCGAUCUCCACACAGGCACAGACGUGGUUGGCAUAAGGACAGGAUCAUUACCACGGAAUACAUUUACUGCUCCCGAUAGCCUAGAUUAA